GUUCUCGGUGUGGCCCACGCCCUCGCUGGUCUGGAGGAGAAGUGAUGCUGCUACUGGGAAGAUGGCGGCGGCAACUAUCCCAGCUUCCACUACGGCCUCGGCCAGGGCGACAGCCACGGCAGCAGCUCUCGGGGAGGUGGAGGAUGAAGGGCUCCUGGCGUCGCUGUUCCGGGACCGCUUCUCCGAGGCCCAGUGGCGGGAGCGGCCCGAUGUGGGCCGCUAUCUCCGGGAGCUGAGCGGCUCGGGGCUGGAGCGGCUGCGGCGCGAGCCCGAGCGCCUGGCCGAGGAGCGGGCGCAGCUGCUGCAGCAGACGCGCGACUUGGCCUUCGCUAACUACAAGACCUUCAUCCGCGGCGCCGAGUGCACCGAACGCAUCCACCGCCUCUUCGGCGACGUGGAGGCGUCCCUCGGCUGCCUGCUCGACCGCUUGCCCAGCUUCCAGCAGAGCUGCAGGAACUUUGUGAAGGAAGCUGAGGAAAUCAGCUCCAACCGCCGCAUGAAUACCCUGACUCUAAACCGGCACACUGAAAUCUUGGAAAUACUGGAGAUUCCUCAGCUCAUGGACACCUGUGUCCGCAACAGUUAUUAUGAAGAGGCCCUGGAGCUUGCAGCCUAUGUACGCCGACUGGAAAGGAAAUACUCCUCCAUCCCUGUCAUCCAGGGCAUUGUGAAUGAAGUGCGCCAGUCCAUGCAGCUGAUGCUGAACCAGCUGAUCCAGCAAUUGAGGACCAACAUCCAGCUCCCUGCCUGCCUCCGUGUCAUUGGCUACCUGCGGCAAAUGGAUGUCUUUACCGAAGCUGAGCUGAGGGUGAAGUUUCUUCAGGCCCGAGAUGCUUGGCUGCGCUCCAUCCUGACUGCCAUCCCUAAUGAUGAUCCUUAUUUCCAUAUCACAAAAACUAUCGAGGCCUGCCGAGUCCACCUCUUUGAUAUCAUCACCCAGUACCGAGCCAUCUUCUCAGAUGAGGACCCCCUGCUGCCACCUGCCAUGGGUGAGCACACCGUGAAUGAGGGUGCCAUCUUCCAUGGCUGGGUGCUACAGAAAGUCUCACAGUUCUUACAGGUGCUGGAGACAGACCUUUACCGUGGGAUAGGUGGCCGCCUGGACUCUCUGCUAGGCCAGUGCAUGUACUUUGGGCUGUCCUUCAGCCGUGUAGGGGCUGAUUUCCGGGGCCAGUUGGCUCCUGUUUUCCAGCGGGUGGCCAUCACCACUUUCCAGAAAGCAAUUCAGGAAGCAGUGGAGAAAUUCCAGGAUGAAAUAAACUCCUAUACCCUCAUCUCUACUCCAGCCAUCCUGGGCAGCAGUAACGUGCCUGCUGCCAUGCCAGCCACUCAGCCAGGGACUUUGCAGCCACCAAUGCUGCUCUUAGACUUCCCACCCCUUGCCUGCUUCCUCAACAAUAUUCUGGUUGCCUUCAAUGAUCUUCGGCUCUGCUGCCCUGUGGCCCUUGCACAGGAUGUGACUGGGACCUUGGAGGAUGCCCUUGCCAAGGUAACUAAAAUAAUCCUGGCCUUCCAUCGAGCUGAGGAGGCCGCCUUCAGCAGUGGGGAGCAAGAGCUCUUUGUCCAGUUCUGCACUGUCUUCCUCGAAGACCUUGUUCCUUAUUUAAAUCGCUGUCUUCAAGUUCUUUUUCCACCAGCUCAGUUAGCACAGACUUUAGGCAUUCCACCCACCCAGCUCUCCAAGUACGGAAACCUUGGGCACGUCAACAUCAGCGUCAUCCAGGAGCCUCUCGCCUUUAUCCUGCCUAAGAGAGAGAUGGCCUUCUCUCUAGAUGACCAGGAGCUAAUGCCCGAGCUCGCGGCUCCAGCCCCGGAGCUUCCAGCUGAGGAGCCGAGCCUGGAGCCCGCUGCAGCAGCCGCGCCGGAGGAGCGGGAGCCCGGGGAGCCGCAGCGGGCCGAGCCGCCUAGCGAGGGGUCCUAGUCAGACGGUCGUGCGGGACAGCUGCCGGGGGAGGGAGAGUCGCUCCCGGGGCUCUUGUGUGUGGGUGAGAUGAACAAUAAAGUUGACGCGUUGUG